CUUUCUUUCUUCUCUUCCUCCUCAGACCCGCGCCUGCUCUUCUUUCUUCUCCCCUGCACCCGAAAGUCCCCCAAGCUGCUGGCAACAAUUUUUGAGAAAAAACCGGUAAGAAGCUUGGAUUUUCCCCUUGUUUUCUUGUUCAAAAACUAGAUUUGAGCUUAGAAACCUCCUCCCCCUGCUGGAAAAUCAGGAUCUGCUCUGCUCCUCCUCUUCACUGCCGGCUGCUCCUGCUUUGUGGGCUGUGAUUUGCUCUGGUUUUUGGUAAGAAAUAGCCAUGAAUCUCCCUCCUCUAGCUUUGAAUUGCCUUGGGUUUACCUUAAUUGCUCUUAUUCCCUUCAAUUUUUGGGUCGUUUCCGUGAGCUUCCCCCUGCACUGCCGCCGGCUUCUUCUCCCUGCAGCUCCGGUUCCUUGCUUGCAAAUUCUGGUAUGUGGAAGCCACUUUAAGCCUAAAAUUGUCCAUUAGCUGCUGAGGUUGUCCAUGAAUUAUUGCUGCCUUGUGAUGUCCGAAUUUGGCUGAAAAUUGGGGAUGAAUUUGGCUGAAAAUUGGGGAUGAAUUUGGGUAAGAAAUCCCGUGAAUUAGCCAUGGUUUUGGCCAAUCUUUGGAAGUUGCAGUACUGUUCACGGCGUGAGCACUGUUCACAUAUUACUGUUCACACACCGAGGGUCAACAAUUAACGGGGAUUUAAAUGAUUAGUUUUUGAUAUAAGAACGAAUGGGAGAUAGCUGAUAAUGUGGAGAUUUAUAAAAAUAACAUCGUGAUUAAGGGUAGUCUUAAUGAUGAUUUCAGUGUGAAUUUGUGAUAGUACGAUAUUAAUUCUUGGAUAUUUUGAUUAGGUUCUUGAUCGUUCUAUUAGUUUAGCACUGAGAUCGAGUCUUCGGUUUUAUGCGAGUGAGGUAAGUAGAUUAUGACGCCCUUCGAUUUUAAAAGCAUGUUUUGACUUGUUUUUAAAGUGGUGGCGGGACUAAACCCGUUUUAUACAAAAAUGAGCAUGAUUGAUUUGAAAUAAGAUUAUUAUUCUUUUUAUUGAUUUGAACAUGCCUGCUUGAAGUUUAUUUGACUGCCCUGAUGAUUUGAAAGUGAUUGUGAAUUGUGAUUUUUCUGUUAAUUUUUGCCUGUUUUGUCUUCGAUAUGGUCAUGUUAUUCGUGUGCCCGCUAGUGGGAGGUUUAUAAAUGCUAGCACAUGUCGACAUGUUAUUGAUAAACGGGUUCGUUCAACCCUGCUAGUGGUGGUUAUACACCAACAAAUAGUGUGCCUGCCAGUGGGAGGUUUAUAACACUAGCCGUGACCUAUAGAGGAGACGUCUAUUUCGUUCCCAUACUGUAUCCAUUUUUCGUAAUUGUACUUAUUGGCAUGCUAUGAGUUUAAUUAAGGGCUAUCCAUAUUUACUUACUGAGUUUAUUUCAUAGUUUUUCCUUGUCCACCACUUCAGGAAGCGAAACCGCAGAAGGGGAAACCACGGGAAGUGACGAGUUAGAAGGCUAGCCAUAUUGUAAAUUUGACAUAGAUUUAGAUAUAAAUCAUGAUCUUGUAAGUUAGAUUGUAUCUGGAAAUUUUAUGAUAUCAGAGAAAAUAUUAAAGAUUUUAUUUUCAG